UGUGAAGCUUACAGUCAUGUUGUAACUGGCUCGUGUAUUACCAUAACCUUUUUUUAGAUUGCCUGAAUCGUCUGUUUCCAGUGAAGUGUGCAUCCCAGUAAGCCUUCUUACUUCCUCAUCAUCGUUUCAAGAUGUCACGAACGCAGUCUUCAGGAUCGCAGCCUAACGCUGACAUGAAAGAACUGAUGACCGUGCCGUAUCACGGCAUCGGUGUUCCCGUGUUUGAGAAGGACAAUGGCAGUGCACCGGCUGAGUACUUUUACUCUCCGCUCCUGAUCCUCCAACGAAACACCGUCAAACCCACCCAGAACCGUAUUCAGCGAGUAUGGCAGGCGACCUUUAGCGUCUUAAUGUGGGAUCCGAAGUUUACCUCUAUUGUCCGAGAUGCCAUUACGAAUGCCACUGGAAUGGACGCCAGUAAUGCCACCAUUCAACCGCUGCCUAUCGAACGAAUUCGCUUGGAAGUCACCGACAAACAGUGGUAUGAAGCCGACACGAAAUGGUUGCCCUUCACUAUGCAAGAAACCGUUCAGUUUACGCUCAAGUGUGCCGAUGAAGCCAGCGCCCGGGAACUGUGCAGCAUCAUUCAUGAAGACACGGAUUCUUUCCUGGACACGGUGAUGGUGCGCUACAUGCCCAAAGGUCAUAGCACCGUUACAAAGUCCAUCGCGGUGGAGGCGGAUAAACUGAAGGACAACGACAUGUUGGCCACGAUGUUGGAGCAGUUUCCAGAUCAAGACAGCAUCUACCUGACACCCGACGAUGCCAAGGCGCUGGUUAACAAAAUGUCCGGUACACUAAGACAGGCUGAGUCGAACGAUUUGAAGAACAUUGACCUGACACCGCUAGUGAAAUUUCUCGAAGCCGCUUUGGAGGUCCAACCACUGAAAAAGGAGGACUUUGUCCGUGAUCUGUGGGACGUACUGUACUGGUCCAACAGUACGCUCCGACCGGAUGAACUGGCGCAGAAGCUGAAUCAGAUAUUAGGCGAGAGUGACGAGGCUAAGAAGGCAGAUAUACAGAAAUGGUUUAAAAGUCCUGUAACCACGCGGAAUAAAUUGAAAGACAAGGACGCUGCGGACAAUGACAGCGAAUUAGCGUCACUCAUGCCCGACGCAAGAAAAUAUACGGAAUGGAAUGGACAGGAAUUCGUGCCGAAGCCCAUGGAUCUGGUGCAAAUUACAGUGUCCAAACUACGCAAAUCAGCGUCUCUCGGCACUGUGGAACUAUCACCGAGCCAGUCGGAUUCCAGAUUUUGCGGUCGUCUACGUAUCCUCAUCGUGGAACAAGAGGAGGUCCUCCCCAACGUGACCACAGCCGCGACUGAGCAACCAUCGGGAAACGGUGUGUUGUCGCCAGAAGAACCACAAACGACAGUGCUGAAGACGGAGACCGGCACCGAGCAGGCACCCUCAGCACCGACGGUUCGGUACCUGGACCGCAUCCUAGCCGAAAGUCAACGGAUCACGGCCGGCCCACCCGAGAUCUAUCAAGCGGCAUUGCAUCUUGUGGCCGAGGAUAAAACCCAUAUGCUGCGCAAAUUCACCGUAGGAACGGCUCCGCAGCCCCAUGCCGGUUCGAAGGUCAUACUGGUGGUGGGGUCGACGGGCGCCGGUAAAACCACCCUGAUAAACGGGCUGUUCAAUUAUUUCUUUGGAGUAAAAUGGACUGAUAGCGCUCGGCUAAAGGUUAUCGUGGAAGAAGGCGAAGCCGAGCAAGCUCACAGCGUAACCAAAUGGGUCAGCUGCUAUGAAGCGGUGCAGCAGUUUGAUUCACCCAGUCCGUACUCACUCACCAUCGUCGACACUCCCGGAUUCGGCGACACCGCAGGACUGACCCGGGACAGGGAAAUUGUGCAGCAAUUGAAAAGUCUCUUCACGACUAAUAAUACCAACUUUGUCGGACUGGAUCACAUCGACGCCGUGUGUAUUGUCGUGCAGAGCGCCCUGGCACGGCUGACACCGACGCAGCGCUUCAUAUUCGACAGCAUCCUCUCCAUCUUCGGAAAGAAUAUUGCAAAGAACAUUUUCCUCCUGUGUACGUUCGCCGAUGGCGCCACUCCACCGGUGCUAGCCGGCGUUAAAGCAGCCGACGUGCCGUAUCUCGAUUGGUUCCCGUUUAACAACAGUGCUCUGUACGCCGACAACGAUCCCAACGCGAAGACCCCUAGCAAGCUGUACUGGGACAUGGGCACGGAGAGUGUGCAGAAGUUUCUGGCGUCUCUGGUACAGGUAAAACCGCAAAGCCUGUCAUUGACACGGGAAGUCCUGAAGGAGCGAGCGCAACUGGAAGCGGCGGUCAGCGAUCUGCAGCCACGCAUUAAUUACGGUCUGGGAAAGAUGGAGGAAAUUCGUCAACUUCAGGAAGUGGUCAAACAACAUGAACGCAAAAUUGAGGAUAACAAAGAUUUCAGCGUUGAGGUGGAUGAACCGUACAUUAUUAAAGUGACUUUAGAUCCUGGACAGUACGUUACCAAUUGUAUGGUCUGCAAUAUGACCUGCCAUUUUCCUUGUCGCUACGCCAACGACGAAGACAAAGUGCACUGCUCGGCCAUGACCAACGGCCAGUGCGUAGUGUGCCCGAAGGGAUGCCCGUGGGAUAAGCACUGCAACAAUCAGUUUCGUUUUGAUACCGGAACAAAGAAGAUCAUCCGGACCAUGGAAGAGAUUAAGAAAGCGUACACGCAGGCGAAGGGCGAGAAAGUCACCAGCGUAACCCUUCUUAAGCGGAUGGAGGAGCACCUGCAGCAAGUGACUAAGAAGGUCAUCGAAAAUCUCUUCACGUGCAACGACUGUCUGAAUCGUCUGGACCAGAUUGCAUUGCGGCCAAACGUCAUGGCCACGGCGCAGUAUGUGGAAAUUCUCAUAGAAACCGAAAAAUCGGAAAAGCGGCCGAAUUUUAUGCAGCGCAUUGCAGCGUUAGAAGAAGCCAAGAAAAAGGCCAUAUUUAUUGAGAAAGCUCGGCAAGUUGGCGGUCGCCAUGACCCUAAAAACAUACUGAAACGCAAGGACGGCUGGUUGGAAGAAUUGUUUGGCGGCCAGUGCCAGUAAAGCAGCAUACUGUAGCCGGCAAAAUUCGAUACAGCCUGCAAUGCGAAUGCGUAUUCGUUUCAGGAGCUUAUUUAUGGUUAUGGUUAUUCACGAUUACAUGGAUUAUAGCUUUACCAUAGACUCUUUAAAUUUUAAGAGAUUUCUAAUCAUUCUUCUUACUUUUGCUCUUGAAGUUCUUGCUCUCUACUUAUAAGUCCUUUACCUGAUAGGUCUCGUAUGUUGUUACCCAGCGAGGAUGUGCUUAUUGUCCGAUUAUCGCAAAUCAUGUGUUUGCCUAGUU